GUGGACAAGAACCCGAAACCCGGCCCAACCCGCAGCAACCGAUGGUAAAGAAAAAAUUUGGGUCAGGUUAACUCGGGUUACGGGUUUUGCGGGUGCAGUAGACGGUUUCAAAUGGGUAUAGUUGGGCGGGUCCGGUUCAACAAAUUGAACCUGCAGGUACCCAUACUAACCCGUAGCUACGGUACUCUUAAAAACGCAGCGUUUAUAUUGUUCAGUCCUACUAACAUUUUUGGUAGCAUUAUACAAACACAAACCUAGCAUUUCAGAAUUUCUCCCUCUCUCAUCUCUUCAUGUGACGAAGACGAACCCUAAAUACCAUCCGUGGAUCUCCUUCUAUUUUGCGCCGCUGUUCAUCCCCUUCCAUUUUGUGCCGCCGUCGAUUAGGGAUGCUGUUCAUGUAGAUAUGUUCUUCAAACACGGUUGCAAAUAUUUCCCUUUCGACAAAGCUUCCGCUGAUACGUUGCUAAAGUCUUGGAUACUCAGGCUCCCAUAUGCUUGUAUUGUUUCUACCAUCUGGAAACACCCUAACAGAUGGAUCAAGGUCAGCAUAGCAUGGAAGGAGUCUUAGAGCAAGGACAAUGUAACUUGAGGGUUCAGCCUAAUCAAAAUCUACCAGUUAAUGAAAUUGGUUCAACUGCAAUGGCUGCACCUGUUGCACCUGAAUUAGUUGAUGCGCAACCUUCAAAGAAAAGGAAAUCUAGUGCAAGUGGUUCUAGGCAAUCAUCUGCUUGCUGGGAACAUUUUAUUAGGCUACCCGAUGACUUAGUUGAUGCUCCCACUGCAGCUUGCAAACACUGCCACAAAAAAUACUUGUGUGACCCUAGGACUCACGGCACCACCAACUUGAACCAUCAUAUUAAAAAAUGUCCUAAGAUGCCCCUUGCUGUGUCAACUGACCCCACACAAACUAUUCUAACAUACCCAACUGUAGAUGGUGACCUGGCUCAAGUUAGCUCUAGAUUUGACAAGAAAGCUUGUAGGAGUGCUUUGUCAAUUUUUGUAGUGCUAGAUGAGCUGCCUUUUAGUGCAGUGGAACGUGAAGGGUUUAAAUUUUAUUCUAAAGUAAUGCAGCCCCAGUUUUCCAUCCCAUCUAGGCGUACAGUAGCUAGGGACUGUUUUCAGCUACACUUGGAUGAAAAAGAAAAAUUAAAGGCCUUUUUUAAGUCUGAUUGCAAUAGGGUAGCACUUACUACCGAUUGUUGGAAUUCUCUACAAAAUCUCAACUACUUGACCCUUACGGCACACUUUGUGGAUAACGAAUGGAAGUACCAAAAAAGAAUUAUAAGCUUUGCCGUAAUACCAGACCACAAGGGUGGCACUGUAGGUAGGAAGAUUGAAGAAGUGUUAAAGGAUUGGGGGAUUAGGAAUGUGUCAACCAUAACUGUUGAUAAUGCCACUGCAAAUGAUGUGGCUGUGACAUAUCUGAAGAAAAAAAUAGCAAAUAUGAAUGGGUUGAUGGGAGAUGGAGAAUGUUUUCAUAUGAGGUGUUCUGCUCAUAUUUUGAACUUGGUGGUAAAUGAGGGGUUGAAAGAUAAACAUUUAGCUGUAACUAGUGUUAGGGAUGCUGUUAGAUUUGUCAAGUCAUCACCUCAAAGGGGAGCCAAGUUUAAAGAAUGCAUCGAAUUUGCUGAAAUAACUUGUAAAAAAUUGGUUUGUCUCGAUGUUUUAACUCGUUGGAACGCGACAUAUUUAAUGCUAGAGGCUGCAGAGAAGUUUCAAUUCGCAUUUGAAAAACUUGAGGAUGAAGACUCGAGCUACAGGGAGUUCUUUGGAAAAGGUAAUCCCCCUAGUAGUGAUGAUUGGGACAUUGCUAGGGCUUUUUCCGAUUUUCUAAAGUUAUUCUAUGACGCAACUAAGAUUUUUUCCACCUCUCAAAAUGUGAGUUUGCAUACUUGUUUUCACCAAGUGUCUUCCAUUUAUUGUGAGUUGCAGCAAGCUAUUAUGAACUUAAAUUAUAUUUUUGCAAGUGUGGGUGGGGAUAUGAUGGAAAAGUAUAAUAAGUAUUGGGGGAGUGCUGAUAAGAUGAACAAAAUGAUAUAUUUUGGUAUUAUUCUUGAUCCAAGAUACAAGUUGAGAUUUAUUGAGUGGACUUUUAAGGAUAUGUAUGGAGUUGAAUCCAAGCUUGGUAAUGACUUGCUCAAAGCUAUAAAAGAGAGUUUACAAAAGUUGUAUGAUUGGUAUAAUCAAGCUUAUGACCAAAAACUCAAUUCUGGACAGCCUCUUGGUAGUGGUGGACAAGCAUCCAAUUCAGAUACAAACGCUACUGCUGUAUGUUCUUCAGUUAUGGCUAGAGCCGAAGCUUUUGAGCAACAUUUAGAGGAACAAGACUCGAUUGAUCAAGAAAAUGAGCUUGAGGGUUAUAAUUCUACUAAGUGUGUCAAAAAGGAUCCUAAUUUUGACAUUCUUAUAUGGUGGAAACACAAUUCAGCUCAAUAUCCUGUUUUAUCUACAAUGGCUAAAGAUAUUUUAGCCACACCGGUGUCUACCGUUGCUUCUGAAAGUGCUUUCAGCACAGGAGGAAGAGUCAUAGAAACCUACAGGACCUCUCUAACAGCUGAAAUGGCAGAGGCAUUAAUUUGCACCCAGAAUUGGUUAAAGCCUUCUUUUACAUAUUUCAAAGACAUGAACCUCAUGGAAGAUUUUGAGCUUUCAGAAGAUAUUGUAACAGAGUUUCAAGAAAUGUCAGCAAGAGCAAGAGGAGGAUCCGGGAAUUCAGGUGUUUCGUCAUCACAUUCCCAGCCACAACCUUCUGGUUGUGCUUGAAAAUUCAGAUCAACUAUGUUUUUUGAUUUUUUUGAAGUCAUACAUGACUUAAAUAUUACUACUCAAUGGCCUAGUAAAGAAUAAUUAUUUUGUCGCGUGGAUUUUGAAGAAGCUAGUUGGGCUAUUACGCAAAAGAAUCCAUCGUAUUUUGCUUCAAUUUUUCUUUACCAGUGACAUUACAGAUGCUGCUGGAUAUGAAUCUAAAAGUCCCAUAUGCUGCUGCACUUAGGUGUGUUUUAGUGGUGAAUCUUUGACACAUCAAGCUUACAAGAUACUAAUAUUAAAUUGUAUCAGCUUAUAUAAUAGCACUAAGUUCUUGGAUAUACUCUUGCAAGUAGAACACCAGCUUAUUUUCAUCAGUGAAGAAUGCUUGCAGUAGGUAUAUAUUGGAAUUGUUUUGACUAAGGGACUGUAUUGCUAUAGUGGGUGUUAAUACUAUUAUUAUUUAAAUUUCAUCAGUGAAGAAUGCUUACAGGAGGUGUAUAUUGGAAUUGUUGAGUAAGAGACUGGUUUGCUAUAGUGGUUGAUAAUACUAUUAUUAUUUAAGUUAUAAUUUGAAAAAUUUAUGUAGUAAUUUGGAUUUAUGUUGAAUUUAAAUUGUAGUAAUUUGUAGUUCAAUAACCCGAUUAAACCGUUUGUAUUAACCCGAGGCCCGUCACAACCCAACCCGGCCAAACCGAUCAAGAAAAUGGGCGGAAAUGGGUUUAUAUAGUUCAACCGCGGGUUCGGUUGGGUGAGGUUUUUGGGCCCGAAACCGCCCAACCCGGCCCGUUGUCCAGCCCUACCUGCCACAUAUUCAAAAUAAAGAUUCUGUGUGCAAGCCCCCAGCUUAGGGGCUAAAGGGACGAAAUCUUCAUAUUAUAAAGGAAA